AUGUAUAAUCAAGUAGAUCCAGAAACGCUGUAUGACGUAAACGAGAGAAUAGGUCGGGGCGCCUUUGGGGAGGUCUUCAAAGGCGUAGACAAGCGGACCCUGCGUCCGGUCGCCAUCAAGCGCAUCGACUUGGAAGAGGCAUUAGACGAGUUGGAGGACAUUCAACAGGAGAUUAGUAUCCUCUCGCAGUGCGACAGUCCCUAUAUCACUAAGUACUACGGCUCUUACCUCAAAGGCACCAAGCUGUGGAUCAUCAUGGAGUUCAUGGGCGGUGGAUCCGCUCUUGAGAUUCGCAAGGCCGUCAUCAUUGACGAGCCCAACAUCGCCACUAUUUUGCACGAGGUCCUCAUGGGCCUGGACUAUCUGCACAGUGAGGGGAAGCUGCACCGUGACAUCAAAGCUGCCAACAUCCUCCUCUCAGAUAAGGGAGAGGUGAAGCUUGCGGAUUUCGGAGUCGCCGGCCAGCUAACCAAAACAACGAAGAAGCGGGUAACUUUCGUCGGAACGCCCUUUUGGAUGGCACCAGAGGUUAUCAGGGCCUCCUCCUACGACCACAAGCGUUACUCGGCCCAGGAGUUGUUAAAGCAUUCAUUCGUGAAGAAACCCCGCAGGACAGUCUACCUACAAGAGCUAAUAGAAGCCUAUCGAGCCGCACAACUUCGUGGUACUUCUGAUGAAGACGAUGAUGACUCUGAUACCGUUUUGGCGCGACAGCAUAGCGACAAUUUGAAUGGACAUGUGCCCACUUUCAAAUGGAACUUUAACACCGUCAAGAUGCCCACUAACGCAUCUGUUGUGGCACAAUUUGGUGGGAGUGGCGGCGGCAGCACUAGUGGAGGUGGUGGCGUGGUCCUUCCAUCAGUUCCCGCCCAUGGUUCGCCCUCGCCAAAAAAGCCAAUCACAUCUCAGAUGCCACCUCCUGGUCGCAAUUUCACUCCACCUGCUGUACCCGAUGGUGGGUUGGCAGGUCAGCGCCAGUCGUGGUUCGCGGGUCAGCAGCCAGCGUCACGGUUUUCGGAGACGCCAAAUCGUACGCCUCCGACCGCCGCAGCCAACCACCGCGCACCACCUCACUUCAUCAAUGACGCGCGCUCCCCGAACAAACAGACCGUCCCGCCCCUCGUUCCUAACCGCCCAAAUGCGGGGCCAGCUGGCCUUUCGUCGUCUGCAGCAGGUUUAGCGCUUCGCUCAUCGUCAGCUAAUCCCAUCCCCAACUCUUCCUCACCCAAAAGUGGCGACUUCAAAACUCACAUUCGCCCCUUGCUGCUUGACAUCCAGCGGAUGUACGAAAACGUGGCCUCCAACCACUCUUUCUGUAUCGACUCGCUCACCCGCUCCUUCGAUCGCGCGGACACGCAAAUUGCCAGCUUUACCAAGUCCUUUGUCAUCGAGCUCACCCGACAAAUCCUUAAUAACGACCCUAGUAUCACUGGAGAGCGCAAGGAACAGGCCAUUCGUCGAGCCAUGAGACUCAGAAAUCUUACACCAUCCUCAGGCGUGAGUCGGACGGUACAGAUACAGACAUACGGAGGAUGA